UUCUGCGCCAAGGAGAAAGUUCAGGAUCAACUUCGAUACCUUCGUCUUGCCUCCGCGAUCUUUCCGAGCUCUCCGGCUGCCUUCUCACCCUUCCACCGCAACCCGAGGAUGUCGUGCUGCGGAGGGAACUGUGGCUGCGGCUCUGGCUGCAAGUGCAGCGGCGGCUGCGGAGGGUGCAAGAUGCAUGCGGACCUGAGCUACACCGAGAGGACCACCACUGAGACCCUCGUCAUGGGCGUCGCUCCCGAGAAGUCAUACUUCGAGGGGUCCGAGAUGGAGGCCGGAGCCGAGAACGGGUGCAAGUGCGGCUCGAACUGCAGCUGCGACCCAUGCAACUGCAAAUGAAACGGAUCGCGACCUUGAAUUCAGCACCGCCGACCCGCCCCCCGACCGAAGGCAGAGACCGAGAGAUCGGAACUAAUCCUUAGCUUUAUGACAUGUUGGCGUUUUACUAUGUGUCCUUCGCCAUGUGGGUCUUUGUCUUGUGUGCUAGAAUAAAGCAGCCGCGGCUGGAUGUGUGCGACUGCAUCCUGAACUCCCCGGUUUAGGGUCUCCCCCCUUUGAUGGGGGGGUUGGCUUCAGCCGUGACUGGCUUUGGUGUUGUUUUUCUGCUUUCGUUCUUCCUUCUUUUUUUGUCGUCUCUGUGUAAAGGUCGUGUCCGAUCUGGGUGUCUCUGCUUCGGGUGGGUUGGUUUGUGUUGGGGUCAGAUAAUGAAAUGAUAAGGCGAUUGAAAGCUCUGUUCUUGCGGUCAAAAA